AGCCAGCAAUUACUCUCUGCUUAGCUUACAAAAACAGAGCAACCACAGAAGAGAAGAGAGAAGAAGAAGAAGAAGAAGAUUUAAGCUUUCAGGUCAGUUUUGGGAGGGAAAGAAACCCACCAAAUUCCCAAAACCCCAAGUUCAAUCUCUGCAAACAAAGCUAAAAGAAAAAAAAAACCAUUGAAGAGAGUGAGUGAGGGGGAAAACCAGAGGAAAAGAGAAGAAAAUGUUUGCUUCAGAAAAUGGACUGAAAGGAGACCCGAGGCUUCAGGCCAUAUCUGAAGCCAUCAGGGUUGUGCCUCACUUUCCAAAACCAGGAAUAAUGUUUCAGGACAUUACAACAUUGUUGCUUGAUCACAAGGCCUUCAAGCACACUGUCGACAUUUUUGUUGAUCGCUACAGAGACAUGGACAUCUCUGUUGUUGCCGGAGUGGAAGCCAGAGGGUUCAUGUUUGGUCCUGCAAUUGCCUUAGCUAUUGGUGCCAAGUUUGUUCCUUUACGUAAACCCAGAAAGUUGCCGGGAGAAGUAAUUUCAGAAGCAUACGAACUCGAAUAUGGAACUGAUUGCUUGGAGAUGCAUGUUGGUGCUGUUCAGCCUGGAGAACGUGCAUUGGUUAUUGAUGAUUUAAUAGCUACAGGUGGGACAUUGUCGGCAGCAAUAAGCCUUUUAGAGCGCGUGGGAGCUGAAGUGGUCGAAUGUGCAUGUGUUAUUGGGUUGCCUGAGGUUAAGGGACAGUGCAGGCUUAAUGGAAAGCCACUUUAUAUCCUUGUGGAGCCGCGAGAGCUAGAUAACUGUUGCUGAGGAGAUCUGUUUCAAUUCUGCUUGGGCUGACUACAGAAACAUUUAUGCUGACCUGUGCCAGAGGCCGUGAUGUAUUGGGUUACUUAACUCUGCUGCACAAGGCUCAUUGCGGAUUAACUUUUCUUUCUGUGAGGUCUGCAUCCCUUGUAGGUUUUCAUGUAACAUUAGUAGUUUCGAACAAAGCAUGAACAGAUGUUCCGAGCUAUUGGUUUAUUCUUGAAAUCUGAAACCUUUAUUGUUGCA